AUGUGUCACUCAGCCUUUUGCAUCUUCAUCAUGGGAUACCUCGUCAUCACCAAUUGGGAUAAAGAUGACAUAUUAAAAGUUAUGUACACCAAAUGCAUGAAUAUAUCAGUUGAAGGUUCUCAAUGUCACAGGGGCAUAGCAGCGUUGCGCAGACUAGGCCGGCCCCACCCCUGCCCGUUCUGCAACAAAGUCUUCCCCUUCAAGUCCAUCCUUCGCAACCACUUGAGAAUACACACAGGGGAGAAGCCCUAUGCAUGUCGAGUGUGCGGGCGGUCAUUCAAUCACUGCAGUAACUAUUAUAAACACGAAAGAGCUUGUGCCUUGAAGCUUGCAGAGUCUGCUGAGGAUCAGACGGCAGCUGCCUCAACAGUUCUAGGUGGAGACCCACAGGGAGAGGUCUGGGGGGAGCAUAGGGAUGUCUCUUCUCAGUUACACAGUUCCCAAUAUCAGCAGCAAAGCACUAGUCAGCAACUAACAGCUCAGCAUACUCAUUCCUCUCACCACUCCCUACAUGCAUUCCCUUCCCUUCAGCAGCAGCAUUCCCACCCAUCAACGUCACAAAUCCAGCCCUCUGUGCAGCUGACACCAUCCUCACAACAGCCUUCACCCAUCUCCUUAGGACCCCAGGGCCACAACCCUCAGUACUCUUCUCGUUCAUCAAACAGCACUCACCAGCCCUCCUCCUCAAAAGCCUCGCCUCCCACGUCAUCUCACGCACCUCAGCACCGCAUUUCCGUAAUUCCCCAGCCGCCCCUGAACUCCCCUCACUCAGAGGACCGCCCUCGAGCAUCCCCGUCACAUGAGCAAAGCAAAAAUGUUCACACUGUACAUGGCCAAGUGCUAGAAGGGCCAGUGUCCAAAAAGGCCAAUUUUGAGAGAAGAAUACCCAUCGAACUGGAUAUUUUUGGUUCUGUAAGUGUUAUAGAGGCUGAUGUCAUCGGUGCAUUAGCCCUAGCCUAA